UUUAUUAUUUUCUCCACUCCAAAAUAACAUAAACCUUCAUUACUCAUGUCAUGGACAUCAACCACAUACAUAAUAAUAAACUCCCCAUAAACCACAACUCCACCAUCAUCAAUUGGGAUAAAGGCCUUAACCUUUCCAUGGACAUGGAUGAUCAUCAUCAUCAUCAUCAUCAUCAUCAUCAACAACAUGUUGAUGAUCAUCAUCAACAUCAUAACCAUCAUGUUCAUCCAUUAUACAUGAUAAUAAAUCCGGUAUGGCAAACCUACCAUAAUCUUCCUACACCACACUCAUCUCAACCCUCCAUUCCAUCAUCAUCAUACAUCAUCAACCAAACCAACACUCUACAAGAACAAAUAAUAUUAGAGGAAGAUGAGCAUGAGUUUGAGGAAGAAGAGGAGCUAGGAGCUAUGAAAGAAAUGAUGUACCGGAUUGCGGUUAUGCAACCCGUGGAUAUUGACCCGGCAGCUAUCCGUAAGCCUAAGAGAAGGAAUGUUCGGAUCAGUAAUGACCCGCAAAGCGUGGCGGCCCGACAUAGGAGGGAACGGAUAUCCGAAAAGAUUCGGAUCCUCCAACGGUUAGUGCCCGGCGGUGUUAAAAUGGAUACUGCCUCUAUGCUUGAUGAGGCUAUUCGUUAUGUUAAGUUUCUUAAGAGGCAAAUCCGUCAACUUCAAUCCGGAUCCUACAAUCACCAACCACCACCACCACCCGUCCCCACCUUGUCGCCUUCCGAUUGGCCACCGCCUCCCUCGGCCUCAGCCUCGCUCUUUAGUCCCUACUCCAGCACCGGGAGCUCUAAAGUGGUGCUUAUUAGGGAUAAUAAUAAUAACGGUAAUCAUCAUGAGGGGAUGAUUUUCAACACGGAG